AUGCCCUUAGAAUCCUCUGGAGCUCUUGUGACUACUUUCUUUCCACACCACCCAACAGACGACUAUCACGGAAUCAACGGCAACGUAUCGCUGGACCGGCGAAGCGAGUUCGUCCAAUCGCCAAACCGCUACGAACUGGCUUUGGGUCCAUCAGCGGCAACUGGCCCCGGAUCGGAUCGAUCAAACAGCAACAGUUUAUCCCGAGGUAGCGAGGUCGGUGGAACGUACGAUUUGGCCGGUGCCGAGGCUCGGGCCCGAAAUGGGCUGAAUCAAGUGAACAGCAAUGGCAAUAAUGGCAAUGGAUUACACACGGUGGAUGAAAAUGUGAUCAACAACAAUCAUGGCGCUCCUCCCUCGUAUCCGACAUAUCAGAAUCAACCGGGUCCUCUUUCAAAUAAUGGGAUGAAUGGAGGCUCUGGAACUCUCCGAUCGAUCGAUGAGGAAAUCAAGAAGAAAAAGUGGCCAACCGAUAGGGCGUACUUCUUGGCAAAGGAAUUGCUGAUGACCGAACGAACCUACAAGAAGGAUCUAGAUGUGCUCAAUACGUGGUUCCGAGAAGAGUUGGCCCCAGAGGAUGUGGAGAACCUUCAACCGCUGUUUCAAUAUUUAGAUUCGAUGCUUGAACAUCACAGUGUAUUCUUACGCGAUCUGGAACAUCGAAUACUGUUGUGGGAAGGUCGCGGUGGGCACGAAACCCAUCGUAUCGGGGAUGUGAUGCUGAAGAACAUGGUCGUUCUUCCGAUAUACGAUGAGUACGUUGAAAGUCACCGAGAGAUUCUCCAGCGAUUGAAUGAUCUCUACGAGAACGACGAACACUUCCAGCAAACUUAUCGGGACUUCGAACAGCAAAAGGUGUGCUACCUCCCCAUCUGUUAUUUCGUCCUGAAGCCGAUGCAUCGUUUGUUGCACUACCAGCUGCUGCUAGAACUGCUGCUAGAACAUUACGGCGAGGAUCAUUUCGAUCGAACCGAUUGCCACGGCACGCUGAUGAUGCUAUCCCGUACUACGGAAGUGGUUCGCCGCGAGCUGGCCUCGUCCGAAAACUAUACCCUUCUGUGCGAGAUCCAGCGGGAUCUCGUCGGGUUCGAUACCCUGGUGCUGGCCGAUCGGAAGCUCAUCCGGCAGGGCUGUCUUCUGAAACAUUCCAAACGGGGACUACAGCAACGAAUGUUCUUCCUCUUUUCGGACAUAUUGCUGUACGCGUUCAAAUCGCCCAUCACUCAAACCUUCAAGGUUCUUGGGCACGUUCCGGUGCGGGCGCUCCUCACUGAAAAUGCCGAACAUAACGCGUUUGUGAUAUUUGGGGGUCAGCGAGCCCUCACAGUCAGUGCCGGCACCACGGCUGAGAAGACCCUGUGGCUAGAGGAGCUGAUGAAGGCUGCGGCCAACGUUAAACACAAGCCGCAGACCGCGCUGCCGAUGGUCUCUGUCAAGUAUUGCACAUCUUCCGAGGAAAACUUGGAAACGUGUGGCCUCAACAACAGCUCGAUCAUCGCUCCGCCACCGAAGCCGCCGAGUUCGCGGAACAACACAGCCCUGCACGUGUGCUGGCAUCGGGGCGUUACGAUUUGUCUCGAUGAUCAUUUGCGCGCGGGACGAAACCAAAUAUCCGGCUAUCUGCUGCGCAAGUUCAAGAACAGCUCCGGCUGGCAAAAGCUAUGGGUGGUGCUGACCUCGUUCUGUCUGUACUUCUACAAGAGCUACUCUGACGACGCUUCACUGGCCAGCUUACCGUUGCUUGGCUACUCGGUGGGCCCGCCCGGCAUCCAAGAUGCGGUUCAAAAGGAGUACGUCUUCAAGCUGUCCUUCAAAAAUCAUACCUAUUUCUUCCGGGCAGAAUCGGAACACACCUAUCAACGCUGGAUGGACGUGCUCCGAAGUGCCACCCAAAUGCAGGACCUAAAACUGUCCACCAACAACAGUCAUCACAACAGCAAUAACAACAACAACAAUGGCAAUGAUAAUAAUGGCAACAAUUCGCCAUCCGAUCAGCAAUAAGCCCACACUGUUCUUCGUUCCCCAAAUAGGCAAACAGUAGUAAAACUCAAGUCAAUUCAAUUAUUCUUCUUUAAAUACUAAUAAUUAUUGGGUGUGUGCGUGCGCGAGUAUUGGAACAUCUAGUGCAGUUGUGUAGCGUGAGGAGUCUUAGGUAGAGAAUCAUUAAGAAAAAGAAAAAAACGCCUAGCUAAAAGAUAGGGGAAAUUUCUGGACAUAGGGAUACAAUCAACUCUAAAGCCAUUGGACUAUUAAGCGGAUUCUUCGCAGGUCGCCGAAGAGAAAUUAUGCAGAACAAUCAAUCUUCAAAAGCCAAUUCGAAAGUGAAAACAUUUUUCAAAAAAACAAACAAAUUAAGUGAACCGAGUCGUUUAUUUAUAUUAUAUACGUAUAAAUAUUAUAAUUAUUAUCUACACACACAUACUUUCUACAAAACUUCUCUAUCGUGGGAGCAAAAAACAACGGCAAUCAUCUACAAAUGUUGUAAGGUUUCAAAUUUUAUGCACUCAUUGCAAAACAGAAAACUUUCUUAUAGGUGAAAGACGCUAUUGUCGUUCCAGAAAUUAAUAAUAAAAUACUUUUAAAAAGUAA